AUGUCCAAGAAAUCUCUCGUUUCGCGUCCUUUGGACCUUUUAUACUUCUCCUUCUUCGCGAUGCACGCAACGGCCACGAUACUCAUGGACUUGCAGGUCAUAUACCCGCCCUCCCUCGUGCCCCCGUUCAUGAAGGCCCUUACCGAUUUUUACAUCUCAAAUUAUGGUGACCCCUUAAUUGGAGGUGUGAUGGGUCUUCUUGGACGGAAAGAGGACUUCGUCUGGUUCCACACAUUUGUAAUGGUCGAAGCAUUCUUCCAACUUCCUGUCUUUUUUAUUGGCAUGCGUGGGUUGUGGAAAGACUCACGCUCCAUUUACGUCCUCCUCCUGGUCUACGCCACUUCUGCGACGAUCACUGCGCUGCCUUGCGUUACGGUCCUCCUUGCCACCCCGUUCACCUCGCCUGAGACCAUCGCCGCCAAUAUAGUGUCCAUCACUCCCGCUCAGAGGACCAUGUUGCUAUCGAGUUAUAUCCCCUUCUUCCUUCUUCCGCUCUUGAUGGUUGUGGAUCUGAGUUUCCGUGUGCUAAAGCUCGUGAACGCGGGGGUCGCGGCCGAGCGUGCCGCAAAGCAAAAGUGA